AUGAACGUCUGGUCGAAAAAGUACAGUACCACCAACGCAAACAACAAUGAUACCACCGGACCCUUCGUCAUCGCGAUGAUAGACCUCGACGCACCCUCCCCACAAGCACCCACCAGCGCUCAAAUCCGCCACUUUCUCGGCAGCAAUUUCGCUUUGAGCAAUGAUCCAAAUUCGACUUCUGGAACCUUGUCCAGUAGCGAUGCCGUCCAACUGCUGAAGAACUCGAGCGCAGCACUGUCGGAGUUCUUGCAACCUUCGCCACCUGCGGGGUCUGAUCCACAUCGAUAUGUGUUCCUCCUAUUCUCGCAGCCGGAUGGAUUCGACGCUCAGACGAUACUGGACUCUUCGACAAUGAGAACGAGCUUCAACCUCAGCUCUUUCGCUGCUAAAGUCGGGCUGGGCGAUCCCGUCGGGGGAACAUUUAUUCUUGACGAAGGGAAGGUCACGAAGAAAGUUUAUGAAGAGACGCCAGGUCAAGAGACCGUUGAUGGCCUUCAAGUAUUGAAAUAUAAGUAG